AUGAAGACGCUCCCGCUGCAGAACGCCGCGGCUCCGAGGGCCGCUGGGGCCCGCGGGGCGCCCGUGUGCCGCCCCUGCGUCGCCCGGCGCGUGGCCGCCGCUGUCCCGCGCACCGGGCGACGCGCCAAUGUCGUCGCUCGCGCGAUGGCCGGAGGUGGCAUGCGCCCUGAGCUGCGGGAGGCCAUCGACAACCUGGUCACGUCGAACAAGGUUGUCGUCUUCAUCAAGGGGACCAAGAUGUUCCCGCAGUGCGGCUUCUCCAACACGGUAGUGCAGAUCCUGAACCAGUACGGCGUCCCCUACGAAGACGUCAACGUGCUGGACAGCGAGGAGGUCCGGAGCGGGAUGAAGGAGUACUCCAUGUGGCCGACGUUCCCCCAGGUAUACAUCGACGGGGAGUUCUUCGGCGGGUGCGACAUCAUGAUGGAGGCGUACCAGGACGGCACGCUCGCGGAGACCUUGGAGCGAGUCAUGAACGAGUGA